AUGAGCCUUGAUCCGAGCUCUUUUCCGAGGUCGAACUCCCCCGCAAGCUCCGACAGCUCCUUUACGCGCUCCCGCUUACGAGGGAAGGAGGAGCCCUUGAAGAAAGACAAGAAUUACCGCCGCUAUGCUUCCAGUGUCGAAAGAGCCCUGUCGUUAUUCGACACAGCGCUACAGGAAUGGGCGGACUAUAUCUCAUUUCUUAGUCGCCUCUUGAAGGCUCUCCAAUCGCAUCCCGCAGACUUACCAGUCGUCCCCCACAAGGUGCUCGUAGCCAAACGUCUCUCACAGUGCUUGAACCCUUCCCUACCAUCGGGCGUACACCAGAAGGCGCUUGAAGUAUAUACGUAUAUAUUCAAUCUGAUUAAGUCUGAAGGCUUGUCACACGACCUGCCCUUGUACCUGCCAGGCAUCGCGCCCACUCUCACCUUCGCCUCGCUCACAGUUCGUCCUCUGUUCUUAUCCUUGGUAGAGGCUCAUAUUUGCGGUCUCGAGCCAUGGGCCAUUCGUCCAGCUUUGAAGGCUAUAAUCUUGGCCCUUUUACCAGGCCUAGAAGAGGAAACCAGUGAUGACUUCGAUCACACGCUGCGACUUAUUAACAAAUUUCGCGACAUCGCCACAAAGCUAGAAACGCAGAGAUCUGGGGCGGAUGCUGAAUCAAGCGGUCAAUAUUUCUGGCAGUGUCUGUUCCUGGCAUCCAUCACUAGCCCUAGCAGACGUUCGGGUGUCCUAGCUUACCUGAACCGAUAUUUGCCAAAGUUAGGCAUUACGGAUCGCAGACCGAGUAAGGGUAAUGGAAGUAAAUAUGAAGACAUGCCACAUGAUAUGCGCGUGGCGGUGGACUCCGUUAUCAUGCCUGAGCCGGGUUUGCUCAUUAGGUGUUUUGCGUCCGGUCUGGUGGAUGAACAAAUCCUCGUACAGAGGAAUUUUCUUGACUUACUCGUGACUCACCUUCCACUCAGCUCUCCUAUACUGCAGUCGCGGAUCACAGAUGACGACCUUCAGAGAUUAAUCAUCGCGGCUGUUGGGGUUGUUGCCCGACGAGACAUGAGCCUGAACAGGAGAUUGUGGGCUUGGUUCUUAGGACCUGAAGCUGCGAGUGAACAGCCAUCUUUCGAACGCGAAGGGACAGCCGGAUCGUAUACUUUUGAUGACGAAAAGCUAUCGCAGUCAGAGUAUUUCAGCCAAUUUGGUCUGAAACCUCUUGUGAAAGGUCUUCUUCGGAUGAAUGAGCAAGACUCGAGAACACCCUCGGAAAGGUCAAAGCCAUUUCGAAUCUCACUUUCCUUGAUGGACAGAUGGGAAGUUGGCGGCCAUAUUGUUCCUGCAGUAUUCCUACCCCUUAUGCGAAACAUCCAAGCCUUCAGAAAAUCAGCUUCCAAGCAUCAGUUCGACGAGGUUUUUCGCAGCGCCAGUGCCUUCUUCGAUGGUGUCGAAAGCGGAGUGAUAUUCUCGGAGCUUCUUGGCCUGAUAGACUGGAAAGCUGAUGAUUUUUGUAACAAGAAGACGCAGGCUUUGGACGACUUGCAACUCGCUCAGUUCAUUUUGGACAAUUUCAAUGUUCGUGAAGAGGACAUGCUUCUUGACCACGUACCUCUGUUGGUGCUUACUGUCCUCGUAAAAUUGAGCGAGCUUUCAUUAUUUACUAAGGAUUCCGGAAUCGACCGUGACCAGCUUCUUGAAAUAUCCAACGGGCUUAUGAGAGUUAUGAACUCAUUGACAGCGCUGCUCACAGAAAGAGCGUUCGCGAGAAAAUCUGAUUCGGCCAAAGCGAUAGCGGAUAAUAAUCCGUUGGUCGACAUCAGCGACGUCGAUAUUAUGAAAAGAAUCCAUAGUUUUUAUGAUCAAAGCAGGAGCAGUCUGGAUCUUCCACCACUUCCUUUCCCCCCCAGACACUUGGGUGAUAUAAUAACACGGAAAGCUCACGAUCUUGCCGCAUCGGCCCUUGAAGAACCCAAUGGUAGUAUACCUAUUCAAGAGAUACUGAAUCUUCUGGUUGCUUUGCUGAAGCGACUUCCCAAAUCAUUCGUGUUCCGUGACAGGCGCUUCUAUCUGGCUAUUUGCAAUCGUAUGAACAUGGACCAGGUGGAACAGUCGACAUCUUCUUUCUCGGCUAUUUCUUCCAUUGUCUCCGCAGUGACCAGCCUGUAUUUCAUACACGCACCUGGGUACUAUAUCAGCUACGAGGAUGUUGCAGAGCUGAUACCGACCCUCGUCCGACAUCUUUGGCAAUUCCUCUCACCAGCAAGCCCCAAGUUUCAUGUAGAGGCGGUCCGCUGUCUCUGGCACCUACACUCGGUUUCUUGGUCAGAUCAUAUUGUCGAGGCGUCUAUAACAUCUUUAAUGGUUGGUUCAGCACCAAGCUCCCACCAUCUGUCAUCUGAGGAGCAGGCUGGAAAAUAUUUUGUUCUUUGGAAUCAUAGCAACCAUGGCUCCCACGAACUUUCUCCAAAACAAGCACACGAUACGAGAAAGGCCCAAGCGUCUUACUAUUCGUCAAUGCUUGAGCGCCCUCUCUUUCUCGUUCUGGAUCUUCUGAGUCAGGGCCCAAAUGGGGCUUCACAAGUAGUCCAGCGAUGGCUUCAAGAUUUAUCGUCCAUUCAAAAGGUAUUUCGCAUCGUGAUCUUGCGACUUGAGAAUCUUCUCUUGCGAGAAGCUCAGCCAGAAAAUGAGGGCGACAAUGCUGUCAUUUCCACUGACGACUAUAAAGAGUGUAACUACCUUUUACGAACAAUCUACAAUAUCCUGUGCUCGCUGUCUCAUAGUGGAUGGAUGGCUCUUCUCACUCAAACAUUGAAUCCAGUGGAUAAACAGAAGGACGUUGCUUGUGAAGAUGGUGCUGAGUUUCAAUCUCUCCACUCUAUCAUUUUCCAAUUAUCGUCAAAGGUAAUCAUUGGGAAAGGGAGGAAUGCAGCAGCACAGGCCGACUAUGAAGAGGUGAAACUACAACAGACCUCCCUGCUGGUUAUAAGACAACUUCUUCUAGGACCCGGGGCUGAAGAGAUCGCUGAGUCGGGAAUUGACUCCUUCUUGGUUGAUCAACUGUCUUCUGUCCUCGAUGAGGGAGGUAGCGUCGAUUUGCAAGGGGCUAUGAUAGAUACCCUGCUCUCAGCGUUGAAAGUCCGAUUCGCGCAAGCAUACCUGCCACCACCCCCUCCUAGGCCAAAACAUCAGCGAGCACAGUCCCGGGAGCGCCUCACAAGUCCGUCACUUCUUUCCUUUACGAGUGAUAAGGCUGAUAGAAGCCCUUCGCUUCCUGUCCAACCUCAACCUCCUUCCCAGCUCCUAGAGUGCCUUCUCAAAGGCAUUAGCUCUAAAAGUUCGAGAGAUAUCGUGGAGAAGUGGACUCUACUGCUUUGUGAAGUGCUUCCUCUAUAUUCAGGAUCCCUUUUCCAGAUCCUGCUCAUACAGACAAACGGUUGGCCAGAAGAUCGCUCUGAACAUGCCACCAUUACCCUACUUACCGGACUUGAGACGUGCAUAGCGGCAGCUCACGAACGGCUUCUCGUUGAGGAAGCGAACGUACCAGCUGUCAAAAGCCCUGACCACGCCCAUGGGUUCUUUGGCAACAUGGUGUCGGGAGUAUUUGCGACAGAUUCCAACCAGGGGCGCUCGACCGCAGCGAACAACAGAUUGACUGUAUUGUUGUGCUUCCAAGAUGCCGUUCGACUGUGCUUUUCCAUAUGGUCUUGGGGCGCCAUGGAGCGAAAUGGCCCACCCCAAGAUGCCGAGUCUCUCGCAUCCUUCCAAUACACCUCUUUGCGGAUGAGAAACAGGUCUCGUCGGAUUCUUGAGCAUCUUUUCACUGCGGAGGCUCUUGAAUGUCUAGAGACGAUGGUAGAGAUGUGGUCAAGAGCAGACCCUGACACAUCACCUCUGAUUUUCAGUUUGCUUCACACUUUGGACGGAUCUCGCCCAAAGAUCACCAUUCCAGCAAUCUUCAAUGCCAUUUAUACACGAACGAAUCCUGCUGCCCUUGAUCCCAACCGUAAAUCUGCCUUGACAUCAAGCCUCACUGAAUCGGAACUGGCAGGGUUUCUGGUUACUUAUGCCAGGUCUCUGGAUGAUGAUGUACUUGACGAAAUCUGGGCAGAUUGUACAACAUUUUUACGUGACGUCUUGAGCAACCCUUUCCCCCACAGACAGAUUCUCCCCCGGCUAGUGGAAUUUGCUGCCAUUCUUGGAGCCAAAAUGGAGAAUACGACCUUUGGCGAGGAUCGAAGGAUGAGGAAGGAACUAGGGGAUGUAUUGCUUCGUUUGCUCACCGCAAUCUUCACAAGCAAGCCUUUGGGACUAUCUCAUGAUUCGAGUAUGCUGGGGAGGCCAUCCCUGGAUUAUGACAACUCGGCUGUACCGCACGCUGGCCCUGACGAUAUGCUCAGUAUUCUUGCACUCUCGAUGCCAUCUUUUACCGCGCUAUUAGGCGAUUCUGAUCGCAUCGUCUCCGCUGUGUCAGGCAUUUCCUCUCAUGUGAUCGGGCCUCUUCUGCGUUCGCGGCUAUUCCCUAACAAUAUAAACGGCAGUGUGAUGUCUCUCCUGCAACACAUUGUGAAGGUUCCAGCUGCUGCAAAAAUCUGGAAGAAAGACAUAACCGAUGCCUUCAACGAUCCACGAUUUUUUGGCUCCCAGGUUGAUCUUGUGAAAAGCGGUUGGAUGAAGCUCCUCAGGCAAUGGGUGAUCGCCGACAAAGACCGCCUAUCAGAGUUGAUGUCUCGUCUUCCAGCGCCGAGCACAGCAGGGCUCAUGUUCGGUGUUGGUGCAUCUGCUGCUCGCUUGGAAGCUGACCGGAAGGCUCAGUUGAAUCUGCGGAGGAUAACACUGCUGAUUUUAUCUGCAAAUGAGGAUUACUUCAUUGGAGAACUACCAGAGCUGCUUCAGAAGCUGGAAGAUCUCCUUGCAGCAACGAGCUCGUCGUCUCCGUCCUCCACCACAAGAGCAGAGAUAUUCAUGGUACUUCGCGCGCUUGCGCUGAAGACUUCAACUACCACUCUUGCGCCAUUCUGGCCAUUAAUCAAUACAGAGCUUCAGGAAGCUAUCUCUGCCAUACCGCUAGGAGCGCAACAAGAAGUUUACAAUGCAUACUCGUUGUUGCAAGCGUGUAAGCUUCUGGAUACACUACUUGUUCUGGCGCCUGAUGAUUUUCAGCUUCUCGAGUGGCUUUAUGUCACCGAUACGAUUGAUGCUGUUUACCCCCCUGGGCAUCUAGAAUCAAUGGCGCUUGCAGACGAGAUCUCGCAGACCCUGGGUGUACGUGGGUCCGCGCCACCAGGUUCACCGCGUGAAGCUACCGAGUCUAGCGAUGGAAUGAAGCGGCCUGAGCUGACAUUGGACUGGAUCCGUGAGACGGCAAAGGACGAGCUUAUUGAUCGUGUACUUCGACCAUUUCUCGACCGACUUAGUAUUCAUGCUUUCGAAAGCACUUAUGGUUUGGGCAACCCUGACUUGAAGAGUUGCCAGGACGACUUAUUGGCGGAUUUGUUCAAUGAGAGCGCCAUGGCCAAUUGA